ACAGUGGCCUCUUCCUCUCUUAUGCUCACAGAGCUUUGAUCUUUGCUUAACAACAGUAACGUCAUUGCUUAGCAGGGAACUAAAGGGAGUUUUGUUGAAAGGAGCGAAGUUUGAGAGCCUCCAGAGGGCUUAAGCAGCAGCGGCAACAGGAGCCAAGGCAGUUCUUGUAGCGCUCAUUCUGAGUCGUUCGAAAGCCCAAGCUUGAAAAAAGUUUAAGACAUGGAACAUCAGCUGCUGUGUUGUGAAGUAGAGACCAUCAAGAGAGCCUACCAAGAUGCGAACCUUCUAAAUGACAGAGUUCUACAGACAUUGCUUAAAGCGGAGGAGAACUACCUUCCUUCUGCAAAUUACUUCAAAUGUGUGCAGAAGGAAAUUGUGCCUUACAUGAGGAAAAUUGUUGCCACUUGGAUGUUGGAGGUGUGUGAAGAACAGAAAUGUGAAGAGGAGGUUUUCCCAUUGGCUAUGAAUUAUUUGGACAGAUUUUUGUCAGUGGAGCCCACAAAGAAAACCAGAUUACAAUUACUGGGAGCAACUAGCAUGUUUUUGGCCUCGAAAAUGAAGGAAACAAUCCCCCUUACCGCUGAGAAGCUGUGCAUUUACACCGACAAUUCUAUCAGGCCCGGAGAGUUAUUGCAAAUGGAACUGUUGGUGUUAAACAAACUGAAAUGGGAUCUGGCUUCAGUGACCCCCCAUGAUUUCAUUGAACACUUCCUUUCCAAACUUCCAAUCCAUCAGGAGACCAAACAAAUUCUCCGCAAACACGCACAGACUUUUGUGGCUCUUUGUGCAACAGAUGUCAAAUUUAUUGCUAAUCCCCCCUCCAUGAUCGCAGCUGGGAGUGUAGCAGCAGCCGUUCAAGGACUCCACCUUAAGAACAUCGAAAUCAUGUUAUCAUCUCAGAACCUCACAGACUUUCUAUCGCAAGUCAUAAAGAGUGAUCCGGAUUGUUUGAGGGCCUGCCAGGAACAGAUUGAGUCCCUUCUUGAGACAAGCCUGCGCCAGGUACAGCAGCACAACAUCUCUUCAGAAACAAAGACUGUUGAAGAAGAAGUGGACCUCUCCUGCACACCAACGGAUGUGCGAGAUGUGAACAUUUGAGUGGACUAUCCGUGGAAUUUGCCAUGGCAACCCAACAAAGGGCUUUUCAGGAAGGACAUGAUGGCCUAGCAUCCCCACACAAAAAAAAAUAAAUAACAGAAAAAAAUAUCUCCAGGAUGAUUAAUACAAAAGAAGGGGAAAAAAACGCUUCACUCUUUGAUUCUCCUUGCUCUUUAUUUAAUUUUGUUUCCCUUCAGCCUGUGGCUUUAUUAUAAAAAAAAAAAAAAAAAAAAAAAAACAAAAAAAAAC